AUGCUUAAGAAAAUCAUAUUGGUCCUUUUAAUCCCGUUUCUAGCAUGGGCAUAUCAAGCUACCCAAUCCCCACCUCCCAGGAUAUGUGGCUCCCCAACCGGUCCACCCAUCACAGCACCACGAAUAAAGCUUAGGGAUGGACGACAUUUGGCCUAUACGGAGCAUGGUAUCCCCAAAGAAAUGGCCAAAUACAAGAUCAUCGUUGUUCAUGGCUUUGCCAGUAGCAGACAUGACUUAGCAAUUAUAACAUCGGGGAUAACUGAAGAACUAGGGGCAUACUUGGUGUCUUUUGAUAGACCAGGUUAUGGAGAAAGCGACCCAGAUCCAAAACGAAACUUAAAAAGUACAGCUCUGGAUAUAGAAGAGCUUGCUGAUCAGUUAGAACUCAAAUCCAAAUUUUAUGUGAUUGGAUUGUCCAUGGGAGGACAGCUGGUUUGGGGAUGCCUUGAGUACAUCCCUCACAGGCUGGCAGGAGCAACAUUAAUUUCUCCAGUUAUCAACUACUGGUGGCCUGGGUUUCCUGCAAAUUUAUCUGCAGAAGCAUACAAUCAGCAAUUUACACAAGACCCUUGGGCUUUACGCGUUGCUCAGUAUACCCCUUGGCUUACCUACUGGUGGAACACUCAAAAAUGGUUUCCUACCUUGAGCUUGAUUACUCAAAAGGUCAAGUAUUCUGGCCAAGAUUUGGAACUUAUGCCCAAGCUUAAGGGGAGACAACAUGAUGGGGCAUACGUGAUACAAGAAGGAGAAUUUGAUCUUAAGAAUCCUUGGGUGGAUGUUGAAGGCUUUGUCCAUUUGUGGCACGGGGAUGAAGAUGGCAUUGUGUCUGUUACGCUGCAGCGCUACAUUGCUAAAAAGCUUCCAUGGGUAUACUACCAUGAAUUACCAGGUGCCGGACAUCUGUUUCCAGUUGCUGAUGUUGUGAGCGAGGCUAUCUUAAAGGCACUUCUGUUUGCGAAGAAGCAGCCUGUAGCAUGGAUACCUGGUUGA